GCAGCAUGUGGGGAGCGAAGUCAGUUCUAGUUGAGGAUUCACUCAAAUUAGAGCGCGAGGUCUUAGCUCUUGCUUGGCAAACCCCCUCUCUUUUCGUAGAAGAAGUUACGAAGACUGUCUUCAGUUAACAUCAUCUUUUAUUGAAGAUUUGGUAAAGUAAAGCAACAUGCCCGGUCUGUGUCCACGGUGCAAGAAGUCCGUGUACUUCGCGGAGGAGAAGAUCGUGCUCGGCCGCCCAUACCACAAGAUGUGCAUCAAGUGCGCAAACUGCAACAAGUUGCUGGAUAGCAGCACCUUUACAGAACAUGAGGAAGAAAUGUUUUGCAAAAACUGCUAUGGCAGAUUAUUUGGGCCUAAGGGUUAUGGCUAUGGCAUUGGAGCUGGGGUGCUCUCUAUGGAUGAUGGGACCAAAUACCAGAAUGGACCCCCCACAAGCAACAUCCCUGCUAUCAUGGAAGCUUACGUUGCCCCCCUGAAAGAACCAGCACCCACCGUGAAGCCUUUGAGGCCCAAGUGGGGAGGUGCAGACUACUGUGUCAGAUGCUCUAAGCAAGUAUUCAUGGCUGAGCGCCUGAUGGCCGCAGGAGGAGCCUGGCACAAGGCUUGCUUCAAUUGCCGAGAAUGCCACAAACGUCUUGAUUCACAUUCUAUCCGUGAGCGAGAACAGGACAUCUACUGUAACCCCUGCUAUGGGAAGAACUUUGGCCCAAAGGGAUACUGGGGUUGGUCAUCUGCCAAGGUGUCCUAAAUGAUCCAAGAAAAUUCUACCAAAAGUUAGCAGCAUAUGCUUCAGAUCUCUAAUAUCUCCAGAAGCUUACAUUAACUAUAGAUACAUUAGGUGUUGUCACUGUAAUGUUUUGUCCUUCAUGCAUAUAAAAAAUGUGAGCAUUCUUCUUUUCUUUUUUUCAUGUGGAAAUCAUAAUCAUUGUAGAAGACAAAAUAAUUUUUGGGCAUCCUAUGUAUUUCAGCAUCAGGAGGAAACAUUUCCAUCUGCCAUCAAGUAAUGCUUUUUUUUCCAUAUGAUUUGGUUUAUUCCAAUGGAAAUUUUAAUAUUAUAACAAGCACCUGUAUUUUAUACUUGAUAUAUUUUAUUAUUUGAAAGAACAGUUAACCUGCUUCAGAGAGAAAGGACAGAUAGAUUCAUAACGAUGUGGCAUUUGAUCAAUGAAGAAUCUCUCUCUCUCUCUCUUUUUUAUGGUUACAAAUGCAUAUGUAUUUGUUUAAUGUAUAAAAGGUAAUU